AUGACGAAUGACAGGUUAACACCCAUUCAAAUUGAAGCUACUGGUACCGCUGCUUCAGUUGCUGCUGGUGCUGUUGGUCCUGCUCCAGCUAUUAUUGCUGCUGGUGCUGUUGUUCCAGCUAUUGUUCGUGCUGCUUCAGUUGCUGAUGAUUUUGAGAGUAUUGAUACUGUUGAUGCUUUUGAUCCUGGUCGUUUUCCUAUUGUUGGUGCUUUUGACGCUGCUCAUUAUCCGAGUGCCUGCACUAAACGUUAUCGUGUUGCUGCAGCUCAUACUGCUGCUGCUGCUACUGCUGCUACACGCUACCCUCUGCUUGGUUCUCGACAAGGUCGAACUAUAUUAUUGCUAAAUGAUGAACAAAAUAAUUAUGAUCUUGUCGAUUAUCGUUGUUAUCCGAACAGAAGAACUGAUCAACAAUGGGUAUUAGUCAACAAACCCAUAGUAUCAUCAACAACUGAUAUUAAUGAUGACAUGGACAUACUUCCAUUUGAAUGA